CAUGUGGUGGUUGUAGUUACGUUAAGUUUCCGGGAAAUCAAAGUAAGUCUACGCACUGUCGCCGAAAGCGAACCAAGCCGACGUGCCAGUGUGCGCCCUGUUUUUCACUUGGCUGCUAGUGUCGGAAAUGGGCGGCGCUACCCGGCAGCGAACCCCAAGAGCAGCCCGUGUUUCGCCCGUCGACAGAAUGACCGGCUGGCAUCUCAGUGCGUCUCAUAGCAAGGUAAUCCCUUUACAUCAAUAGCUAGCAUAAGUCAGCUGGCGCCGAAGAACAAAAGAGAGAGCUUGCGCGUGCGUGUGUGCAUGUGCAUUUCGUGUUUCCCACAGGCACUGAGGCCUGGAUCCGAAUGUAAUGGCCACACUAAAGACAAAGUGGCUCUUGUCAAUUUUGCUGGUCAACCUACCAAAUUGCUCUGCUGCAGCAGGUCCUCCUGCUCCUCCCUCUCAUCCUGAGUGCUAUAUCCCAUGUGAUGAGAAAAGCUGUAGCGUAGAUAUCCACUGCACUUGGGACCCAGGGCCGGACCCCCAGAUCCCCACUGACUACAGACUGCAUUGGGAGCCAGCAAACCGCGAGGAGGGGUAUGUGACCAGUCGGACCAGUUCGAGUAAAGUUAUCAAACGUGAAUACUUUUUCAGUAAUGAAGAACUUCGUGUUUGGGUUGAGGCUAAGAACCAGCAUGGUACUGCCAAAUCUCGGGAGGCUGUCUUCAACACAGCAGUUAUCAUCAAGCCACCCCCUCCUGUCAUCACAACAACACAGUCGGAGUCUUUAGAGAUUGAGUGGCAGACCUUCUGUACUGAGCUUCUUCUCUCUGUGGGAACCUGCGACGUCCAAAAUCGGAUUGAGGCAGAGCAAGUUUGGCUUGAGCACGAGGGUGGAUUCAUUCACACUUAUACAUUGGACAAUCCCCAGCCUGGCACAUUUUAUGAAUUUCAAGUUCGCUGUGCCUGUAGCAUAGGCUUAACAAGUGACUGGAGUGCAAUCCAGAAGUUAAAAAGCGCGGAGACAGCCCCUGUUGGAGAGCUGGAUAUAUGGAGGGACUGUAGAAUAUCUCCUGCAAGCUUUGACUGUGGUCUGAUCUGGAAGAAGCUUCCUAUAUCUCAGGCGUGCGGUGUCAUUCUGGGAUAUGAAGUCAAACUGUUUGACAAUAACAGCACACUGAAGCUGGUGAAUGUGUCCACAGCUGAGUCUUGCGGCCAGUUGUUCGAUGAAAUGAAAUGCCUCUUCAACUCCUCUCUAAAGGGUGUAUCAUCAGUCAGUGUAUCAGCCUUCAACGCUCAUGGUGCCACAGUGCCUUCUCAUCUAGAUAUGCAAACACCAGGCAUAGAGAAAAAUGAACACGCUAUUAACCUCGAAAUGAAUGAAGAGAACCUCACUGUGUCCUGGGAUCUGCACUCUCAGCUCUCAGACAACCUGAAGGAAUAUGUGGUGCAAUACAAACAAGCAGGGUGUCCUCCAGGCCAAGGAUUUGAUUGGAUCAAAGUGACCACAAACCAAACAGUGUUUUUUAAAGGUGAAUUUCAAAAAUACACACCCUUCCAAGUGUCACUGUUCACUGUAUCACACGGUGGGAAAGUCCGUCAACUCUCAUCAGUUAUUGGAUAUUCUCUUGAGGGAAUUCCCUCCGGGGAGCCAACAUUUAAGGUCAUUUCCAUUGCUGCCACUCAGGUGACCCUGUUUUGGGAGCCUGUUCCACUGUCCAAGCAGAAUGGGGUGAUCCAGUACUACCAAAUAGGAUUAGACAGACAAAAAGUGUACAAUGUGAGUGCAGCCCCACAGCAUAAAAAUGGGACUUUCAAGCUGAAGCUCCUCAGUCCAGGCCAGGAGUAUCAGGUGUGGAUAAGAGCUGUGACUGGUGCCGGGCCUGGACCAAAUGCCGUCAUCAGGUUCAAAACUAAACAGCUUGAAAAUUAUGGGCAUUUAACAUUAGCCCUGCUUGCAUCAUUGUUUUUGGUGAUAUGCAUUUUUGUUUUAUUCAGUUUGUGUCAAGUAGAAAGCAAAGUGUGUCCAAUGGUGACUUCAUGUUUCUCUGAGAAAGUGCCAGAUCCCCGCAAUAGCCACAUCUUCAGACAGAUGAAGCACCAGAUUAAUGACCCUUUGGCUUGGAUCUGCAUACCCAUCUCUGAGCCACAUCCCAAGAUAUCUAUGUUGGAGGUUGUUGAAGUCCAGCAUGGUGCUUUCAAGUCCUCCGCGAAGAAAGCGUCCGACUCUGACGGAUUAACUAGGCCAAUGGGUGGAGAUGGGUGCUCACAGAUGGACUGCCAAGACGAUCACAGCGAGGAUGCUGUCACAGAGGAGUUUGGCAGGACAGAGCACAGAUAUGGGAGAAAGGAGUACAGCAAAAUGGUUGACUCUGAUGAGGAGAGGGACAGAGAGGAGGACAGGGAUGAUUGUUGGAGCUCCUCAGAGGAAGAACAGUUUACAUCGGGUUAUGAAAAACACUUCAUGCCCAGUGCAUUGGAAAUACUGGACAUUUGAUGAUAUCUUCACAUUGCAUCAUGGACAUUAAUCUCAGAUAAAUGUGAGUUUGUUUGUUUAUUUUUGUUGUUGUUUUUUUGUUGUAUUUUUGGGGGGGGGCAGAAAAUGUUCUGUAUGGAAUUUUAGAUGAAGACUCUCUGGGUAGGCUUCCGUAGACUCUCUCUGCAGGACCCUGGAAGGCAGACUCAACUCAUUGGAAAGAUUCGCCUACUAUAGCUAAUGACCAGUCAGGAAAUCCCUCUCUCUGCCCUGGCUUUCACCUUCUAUAUUUGUUAUUUUGGUAUUUGGUUUUAUUAUAUUUUUGUUUAACCAUUUGGUGUUCGCUUUGGCUUUAUUUUUACUUUUAAUUUUUCAGUUACAACUCGUGUGUAGUCCCACAUUUUUGUCGUAUGUUGAGCCUGGCUAUGAAAAUAAGAAGCAUGAACAGUAUUUUCUGAGGCAAAAAUGACACAAAUGUAUCUACAAACUGACAAAUAACUGGGUGUGCGGUAAAUUAUAAUUUCUUUAAAAUCUGUAGCCCUAAUAUAAGCUAUGCAGAAUCAGGAGUGACCUUGAUAGCACCUGCUCCUAUACAUGAUUACAUGUUUAAACAUCUCAGGAAACACAAUAUUUAAUUUUAGGGGGAAUGUUAGUAUAUAAUAUAGACGUUUAAAGACAAAAUCCACUGUAAAACAAUUAAACGUUUAAUGUAAUUUUAAUUUAAUUCCAGUCAGGUGUCAUCAGGUGACACUAAAUGAAUGCCUAAUCCUUUCGUUUAAGGUUUUUUUUUUUUUUUUUUUUUUGAGUCAUUCAUUCCCAGAUGAGCCAUAAAUGCCAUUAUAACGUAUAAAUGGUUUUUAAAAUUACAAAGUUACAAGAGCUCUUGCUAUUUUGAACCCCCUGAAUAUUAAUGUUAACAUAUCAGGUGCUAGUUCAUGUAUUAUUUCUCUGUUCUUCUCUCUGCAAAUUAUCCACAUCCAUACUUUUUGUUUACAUUGUUGCACCUUGAACUUUAAAUUUGAAUAAGUGUCACAUAUUAAAUGAACAGUUUUUUAAUAAAGGUUUGGCAGCAGAGUUUCUGACCUAUUCAUCGAUCAGUUGACUCAGGCAUGCCAGUGGAAUAUGGUA